AUGCUUUUUGCCAAAUUUGAAGAGUGUAAUGAAGACAGUGAGGGAACUGAUGAAGAAAUGGAAACCGACACAGACUACUCCGUUUCAGUUCCUACGCAGUUGAAACAGCUAACAAGAGAACUGGAAGUUAGGGUGUACACAGGUUUGCCCUCACCUGAAACAUCCCAGUUUUCAUUCGAUUAUCUACGUGAAAAGGCACGGUCUAUGCAAUAUUGGAGGGGUGGAAAGCAGACAAUGAAAGAAGCACCUCAAUCUUCCUCUCCUUCGAGUUGGCAACUGGAUUUGCCAAAGGAAGACCUGGGCCUGAAAAACAGGUUAGGCUCGAGCAGGAGUUUUAAUUGAAUGUUUCACAGAAACUCCAAGUGGACUGGAUUUGGCGCCACUCUGUGGAGUGAAUAUAAACAUCACUACACUGCAUUCAAAGUCCUUGUUGCAACACUCCAGAUGGAGCUAUUUCCUAUGCCUCAUCAUGUUAUGGAGGAAGAGCAUCUGAUAUUUUCAUAG